GAGACACACAGUGAAAAGAAACGUCAGACUUAAAAGAGAGUGGGAGUGGAGAGAAGAGGAGAUACCUCACGCUGUAGCUCUUCAGUUGUUUAUCAUCUCCAUUCCAACCAUGGAUUCAUCACCACAAGAUUUACUCUGAGGGCCUGAAAAGGACGCAGGGCGGAGAAGGGAGACAGACGGAGGAGGGAAAAAAGCAGGAAACCCUGGCUGAAGUAAGGAAAAAGCAGCUGUUAGAAGGAGGAGAACAAACAGCAAGGAAAGGUAGGGGAUAGCAGGAGUGAGGCGCCCCUUUUUUCCACGCAACACAAGAAGAGAAAAGGAAAAAGAAGGAGAGGGACGAUAAAAGUGAGGGACAGAGGGAGAAUAGCAGUCCUGACAUGGGGUUUUGUGCUUUUCUUCUCAUCUGUCUAUCCCAGGCUGAGCUGGGGAGGGUCUGGGCCCAAGAGUAUAAAGAUGCAUAUAGAGAGACUGCUCUGAGGACGGAUGGAAACACAGCCAGUUUUCAGCGAACCAGGGGAGACCGGCAGAACCAAGAAAAACACAGAGAAGCCCGCAAUGUACAGGCUGACGGAGGAGGAGUUGAUAUCAGUCCUCUUCCAGACAACAUGACCCGUGUAGUGGAGGACUCCCAGAAAUACUACAUAUGGGAGAGUUUUGGUCCAACCGAAAGAAAAACUGAAUGCUUGUGGGUCGACCUUAAUAACCUGCAUAAAAGUCAAGUCAGAAUCCAUAACAUCUUGUCUAACACGCACAGACAGGCUGCGAGAGUGGCACUUUCCUUUGAUUUUCCUUUCUAUGGACACAACGUCAGACAAAUAAUUGUAGCAACAGGGGGGUUCCUCUUCAUGAGUGAGAUCACUCAUCGGAUGCUGACUGCAACACAGUAUGUAGCACCCCUUAUGGCAAACUUUGACCCCAGCUUCUCCAAAAACUCCACAGUGAGGUACAUGGACAACGGUACUCUGUUUGUGGUGCAGUGGGACAUGGUGCGACUAAAGGACCGAGAAAAUGAAGGAGCUUUUACUUUUCAGGCAGCCCUCCACAGUAAUGGAACUAUUAUUUUCAACUACAGAGAGAUCCCUGUACCAGUGGAAAAAAUUAAUUCCACAGAGCAUCCAGUUAAAGUCGGACUUUCUGAUGCUUUUAUGGCAUUCCUCCCUGCUUCACAGCUCUCAGAUACAAAGCAACGCACAAUUUAUGAAUAUCAUCGUGUUGAGAUUGACACCACAAAGAUCGUCAGUGGGUCUGCAUUUGAAUUCACCCCUCUGCCCACUUGUCUGCAGCACACAUCUUGUGAACUCUGCUUUACAUCCAACCUGACAACCGACUGUGGAUGGUGCAACACGCUCCAAAGGUGUUCUGAUGGUAUUGACCGGCAUAGACAAGAGUGGCUGGAAUACAACUGCCCUGAAGAGUCUAAAGGCAAAUGUGAGGACUACAACCCUGUGUUACCUGAGGCAACUAUGAGCUCCUUCAAUAACUUGUCCCUUGAACUAACGCCUUCGUUAGCAGACCUCGAAGAGCAUUCUGUCACUAGAGAGUCCAGUCCUCCAAACCACAGGGAGAUAACAGAGAAUGCAGCCAUCAUAGCAGGGGUGGUGGCAGCAUUAAUUUUGCUGGUAACAUUGACCUUACUGGCAGUUUACUACAUCAACACACACCCUACAGUUGCUCCACCAUUCUACCUCAUGCAGCGACGCACAAAUAACUACUGGCCCUCCAUGAAGUUUCGGAAUCAGAGCUGUCACUCCACCUAUGCUGAGGUUGAACUUGGUGUUCAUGAGAAGGAAGGCAUUAUCGAAGCGGAGCACUGCUGCUAAAUGUCUGGAACUUUUAGAGAAAGUGUGCCAUCUUGAGCAAUGUAAUGGUACAAAACAUUCAGGCAGAUUACUGACACAAGAUGUCCUUACUUCAGCCUAUGUGGUUGGACAGUGUUUACUGUACCUGCUCCUGUUGCUCUUCCCAGUUUUCUCUGUAAGUUUUUGCUGUUUUGCAAUCACACAGCCAUGUUAUCCAAUGGUUGGGGGGUUGCACAAGAUGAAGAUGAUCUUUUAGACCUAUUGAUGGAAGUGGCCGUCAGGGAAUAAAUCAAACAAGCCUUCAUACUGCAAACCAAUGUACAACUCAUCUUAAUCUACAUGUUUUUGUUAUCCAUUUCAUGGGGUGUUUUUGUUUUAUGAAACUUCUACGAAAGAUUUGACGGGUUCAUAAUGACGCCAUGUGGACUUCACUGCAACAGAUAUUUAGCUAUACAACAGAUAGUGAAUUAAAUGAUCAUUUCAGAUUUUUCUGGACAAUUAUUGUAUGAAUGGAUGUUAGAGUAACCAAUGUAUGAGUGUUUUCUCUAAAACCUUCUGUUUAAAUAUCUUCUAAUAAAAGCUGAAGGACA